AUGGCACUCAAAUUCCUCUGCGGCGAGGUAAGUCGAGUAAACAUAGGGUCGCGGGGCGCUCAAAUCACAUGUCUGUGUGCGCCUACAUCAGGAUGGUAGUGGGUACACCGCUGACGCGCUCCACGCGAUCAACUAUGCCGUUGCCAUGGGGACCACACUGACAAGCAACAGCUGGGGCUCCCUUGGGUCUAGAGCACAUCCAGGGCUCGAGGAGGCCAUCAGGGAGGCAGAGGAGGCCGACAUGCUGUUCGUCGCCGCGGCUGGCAACGACGACAACGACAAUGACGGCCCCAGGAAAGGCUACUCGGCAUCAUCUGAGCUGGACAGCAUCAUCAGCGUCGGCGCGUCGAAUAAGGAAGGAGAGAAGGCGUGGUUCAGCAACUACGGCCUAAAGAGCGUUGACGUAUUUGCGCCGGGGACGAGAAUCGCCUCGACGAUGCCCGGUGGCAAGUAUAGCUCAUCCAGCGGCACCAGCAUGGCAACGCCAUUCGUCGCUGGUACGCAAGCACUGAGGACUGCUGUGUGAUACCCAUUAGACGAUCCACUCAAUCGCUGCUUUGUCUGUGACUUCAGGUUUGGCUGCCCUUCUGUGGUCGAUGGAUCCGGCGCAGAGCUAUCGCGACAUCAAGCAUCGCAUUCUGUCGACUUCCGAGAAGAUGGACUCGCUCGAGGGCCUGUGCGUCACGGGGGGCCAGGUCAACGCACUGAAGGCCAUCACAUGUGCCGAUUGCAAAUGGACCCCCACGGAGGAGCCGACGGCGGCUCCGACGGAAGCCCCCACGCAGGAGCCUACGACGGAGGAGCCGAGGACCCCGUAAGGGCCCCCCAGGGCUGGUUCGCUGACGAGAAGCUGCACUGACGGCCGGGGGGAAGACGGCCGGGGGGAAGACUGCCUGCCUGCCUGCCUGCUGUCUGUAGCGGCGGAUAUGUAUGUGUGUGUAUGUCUGCGGCAUGUUGGUGUACUGCACUGUCUGUGGUUCGCUGUGGUGUGGUGUGCUCUAGCUUAGUAAGUGAGAUUCGUGUGUAGGUAGUUCUUCGUUCGUUCGUUCGUUCGCUGGUCGGCCGGCAGCGCCGCGCCAGUCACUGCCACUCACUGUCUCGCGCAGCCUAGUCGGCUGCAUCUGCUCUUCGUUGUGUGUGAAUGAAACAGCUCUCUCUCUGUCUGUCUCUCUGUCUGUCUCUCUCUGAAUAGCUCUCAUUGUGCAUACACUCGUACGUUAGUGUGUGUUAUAUCGGUGCUUUGUCAAGUCGUCGGUGCACCGAGUUCUGACGCGACCUGACGUGAUGUGCCCUGCCUGAGUGCUUCGUUGUCUUUGUUUGUGUGUGCUGUGCUGUGCUGUGCUGUGCUGAUUCUUUGUUAAUAGCAACUUACUGUACUCACUGCAUCUGAUGUGUGUGUGUGCGUGUGUGCGGUCCAUGUGGACAUAUCCAUU